AUGGUAUUCUACCUCACUCAGGCAGCACAUGCGAUUCCACAAAUCUUGAGCUCUCCAAUAUCUGUUUCCGUGGUGUCCGCGUCUUCGAUAUUUCGUACGGCAUCCACUGCUUCGAGUUCGCUGACCAGUGUUAGUGCCCCUUCCAACACGGUGACGACAGUCGUGGCCAGCCCCACCGCUCCAUUAUCAGCAGUUUUGCCAUCGCAAGUUUCGCUGCCUCCACAUCAAGCAUGGUGCCCUAGCGAAAUAUUCUGCGCAGGAGCACUUCUGCAGACCGUCAAUAUUGCUGGCCUUUAUUCCGAUCCCAAGACGUUUGUGGAUAAACCUACGAACGGUUCAUCUCAAGCUGUGCUCUCGGCCUUUAGCGCAAUAAACUCCACAAAUGUCACUGAGGGCGCCGUGUUGAACUUUGUCGAUACUAACUUCAAAGGCGAGGGUGGUGAAUUGGAGGCGCUUACACUUACAAACUUCAACCCCGCACCGGCGUUUUUGAGUAAUGUCACGUCACCACUACUCAAGGCGUGGUCGCAAACUGUACAUGGGUACUGGACACAACUCAUCCGCGGAACCAAUCAGUCCGCCUUGUGCUCGGAGGGAAAUGGUACCACAUGUGAAAGCUCUUUAAUUCCGCUCAAUCACACAUUCGUUGUGCCUGGAGGGCGAUUUCGCGAGCAAUACUACUGGGAUAGCUUUUGGAUUAUCGAAGGUUUGCUCAAAUCUGAGUUGUAUGAUAUUGUGAAUGCAACGUUGCAAAACUUUAUGGACGAGAUCGAGACUAUUGGGUUUAUUCCUAAUGGUGGACGAAUUUAUUAUUUGAAUCGCUCCCAACCGCCGUUGUUCAUUCAGAUGUUAUCUAAUUACGUUGCUGCAUCUAACGAUAUUUCAAUUCUUGAACGUGCAUUGCCCUUGGCAGAGCGCGAAUUGGCCUGGUGGAGAAACAAUCGCUCGUUGAACGUUACUAGCCCUUUCACGAACAAAACUUACGAAAUGGCUCGCUACGCGGUGACCAACACCGCGCCAAGACCUGAGUCAUACCUUACCGACUACAACACAGCAAACGAUCCUGAUACGACUUCAUUCAACGAAACGCAACGAUCAGAUCUGUAUUCUGAACUCGCCAGCGGCGCUGAGACGGGGUGGGAUUAUACUGCUCGUUUUCUCGCACAACCACUCGCUGGUGGCAGCAAUAACACUAACCUUGCCCUGCGGACGCUCAACGUGAAGAACACAAUACCCAUUUGUUUGAACAGUAUCCUCUAUAAGGCCAACUUAGCACUAGCUGACCUUUACACAUCGAAUAACUCGUCCAACAACACUGUAGCUGCUCAGCAUCGCAGAACAGCUACAAGCAUUCGCGAAGGCAUCAUUGACCUAUUCUGGGAUGCUACCAAGCUCGCCUUUUACGACUUCAAUUUGACCUCCAACCGACGAAAUAGCAUCUUCACUGCGGCGAACUUCUACCCACUCUGGGUCGGAAUCAUCCCUGAAGAUAUCUUGAACAGCUCAAGCAACGCGUUCGGGCAUUUUGCGUCGCUGAAUAUGGUCUUGAACAGGUACAACGGUACAUUCCCCACCACAUUCCUCGAGACGGGCCUACAGUGGGACGCGCCGAACGCAUGGCCUCCGCACCAGUAUAUCGCGCUUGAGGCCCUGAGGGCGAUGAACGGUACGGUAGUCAAUGGAGGGAACGCCACGGAAGGAGAGGGCUGGCGCGACGUUCUUGCGCGUGAGUUGGCAAACCGCUAUUUCUCGAGCGCAUUCUGUAGCUGGUGCGUGUACUCCACCGGAGGUUCCAUUCCGAGCAUGUUGCCACGGCUUUCUGAUCAGGCGCUCAACAUGUUCGAAAAGUUUUCGUACACGGAUAUAGAUCAGGCUGGCAGCGGCGGAGAAUACACUGUACAGGCUGGCUUUGGAUGGACCAAUGGCGUUGUGCUAUGGGUCGCGAGUAACUUUGGACAGCAGCUCGUUGUGCCGAACUGUCCCAAUCCUCUGUUAGAGGCAACGAGCACAGGUGGGUCACCAACGAGCUCCAGCUCAGGUUCAAGCGUCUCCCCAACAAGUAGCUUGGGCACUACAUACAAUGGCAACUCCCAAACAAAUAGCGCGAGACGCGAUGGCCUGGCUAUCGGCACUGCGAUCAUUCUUGCGAUUCUGUCAGCCAUAGCAUCAUUGUGAGGUGGAAUGUAUCCUGAAUGACUGCAGGAUAGUGACGGCGGAGGGUGCGAUCGCAUGUACCAUUGCUUAUUUUGCUUGUGAAGACUCGUUGGACGUC